GAGAGUCUCCACACUUCUAUCAAAAAUCAGAGGAACGGAGCAAUGGAAAGGUAUCUACUAUGAACAAAUCUCUUCAGACUCCUCUUUGCAUAAAUUUCAAGACCAUGCAUGUAGAUUCUAUAACUGUAAUUUCAAUCAUGCUUGCAGUUUUUGCAGAGACAGCCGCCCAGGUCUGCGUGUCCCCGCCGCACUUGUCUCGUGAAAAAGAAGUGAAUAAAAGAGAAAUCACGUAAAGUGUGUUAGAUGUGGUGUCUACCACUUAAAUGUGAAUUGUUGUCUCUAUUCAUCCACCUUAACUUUGCUAUGAAAAUCAUUCCCCAAGGCACAUCAUCAUAUCUAGAUCGUUGGACCUCUCAAAAACAGCAGACAAACUUCACAAUACUGAUGAAGGAUGUAGGUCUGACCUAAGAUUUUGGUCUCUGCUGUGCGAAUUGGAACGGUAUUGUCGUUUCUCACAACAACAAUGUAGAAAGUCAUUCGCCCUGAAAUUUUUACCGAUGCGGCUCCUUCCAUUGGUUUUGGGAGGAUUACUACCAUCAAUGGUUGCUGAUGUUCGGCCAAAAGAACUGCUCGAUCUUCCUUCUGAUCCACAUUCAACCGCACUUUGAGUUGUAUCCCCUUGUUGUUGCACGCAUUCUCUGGGGCAACCUAUGGUCUAGGAAACAAAUCUGAGUUUUCCGUGAUGACGAGGCUACUGUUAAUAUCAUUAAAAAGGGUUGCAUCAAUCCCCUUUAUUAAUAACAUUCAUUAGACGACUAAUGUGGUUAUAUGUCCCAGGCAAUUUCAAUUUGUGCAGCACACCUACAUGGCUUGGAUAAUAAAACUGCAGACUCCCUGUCCUGAUUUUAAAUUCCAGAAAUUCAGAAUCCUCUGUCCUCAAGCUGUGCCUCAGGGCCUGCUUUGCCCAGCCUUCCCACAAACUGUACUAGACUAGAAGAUUCACUUCAGUCUUACGUGAUCUCUGCAUCUCAUUAUAUAAGACGUGGACCGGCAAAGAGUACAAUCAAAAGUAUGACUAUGCAUGGUCCUAUUUCACUUCAUUCUGCGCUGCUUUCUUCGUUCCUGCAAUGCCAGUCAACAUCCCUAUGAUUUGUACUUUAUUGUUACCAUUUUAAAUCCAGAAAAACGCAACCUACUUCCAUCAAAGGACCUCUCGCAGGGUGCAUGCUUGCAUCCUUCCCAAAAGCAUUUGGGAUAGCUGAGGUCUGUAUCAUGCUUGCUGCUACAUAUAUAUUUCACAUAACUGUAGAAUGACCUCUCACAGGGUGCAUGCUUGCAUCCUUCCCAAAAGCAUUUGGGAUAGCUGAGGUCUGCAUCAUGCUUGCUGCUACACAUAGAUACUUAACAUAACUGUAGAAUGACCUCUCACCUUAGGCAGGGGUGCUUCGGAUCUCAUGCAGAUUUAUUACGGAAGCGUGUUUCUUCACUGCAUUUUAUGGGUUCCCAAGGUGCGGUGAACAACCUACCAGCUCAGACUCUUUCGUUUAUUACCAUUUCUGACAUCACAGUUGAUACUCGCAUGUAUUCCAUUCACAUUAAACAGACAGGGAGGGUAAAGGUUCAACUGUUGUCCUCUCUAAAUCUAACACAACUUUCUGUCCUUUUUCUUCAUGGACUCGGUACCUACAACGGCAUCCUCGUGUGAGGCAAGACCAACCGUCGUUCCUGACCGACAAAGGAAAGGCCACGUCAAGGUCAUGGUUCACAACCCGUCCCCUGCGCAAACAAUGUGGGCUCCCUCUUCAGCUGUACACCUCUCACUCCUUCCGCAUCGGCGCAGCAACAUCCGCAGAAUUUUUACAAAACGUGUAUUGGAUUAAAAUCACUUACUGCCCCUUUCAUCUUAGACCUAUCCACAAAGGUGGAGCCUAAGACAGACACGCCUUCAGGUUUGUCAGGAGUCACGACAUAACCUGUCAAAUGUAACUACUGACUCCCUGAUUUUACUGUGGUGAAGUGAUUUGCACGAGCACAAAAGCCUUGCCUGAGCUCUCAACAUGGCCACAUCGGAGGACACUCCCUUCUCUCUGAGGAGUCUGGAGGAUGAGCUGACCUGCAGCAUCUGUCUGAGCCCCUUCGACUGUCCGGUGACCAUCCCCUGUGGACACAACUUCUGCCAGAGCUGCCUGCUCGCCACCUGGAAGGAAGCCUACAGCUGUCCCCAGUGUCGGACCCACUUCAGCGCCAAACCGGAGCUGAAGAAAAACACGGUCCUCAGCACCGUGGUGGAGACCUUCAACCUGAGGUCGAACAAGAGCGACGUCUGUCCGUUUGGAGAGAACCAAGAAGCCCAGUUAAAGGAUGUCAUACGGUGUGAUACCUGCAUGGAGGCAGAGGCGUCCCAGACCUGCCUCACCUGCAUGGCCUCGUUCUGUGAGGAGCACCUGCGUCCUCACCGGGAAAACCCAAAUUUUGCAGUCCACCAGCUGAGUGAGCCUGUCAGGGACCUGUCGCAGCGCAUCUGCAUGGACCACCACAAGCUGAUGGAGCUCUUCUGCAAACAGCAUGUCCGCCCGAUCUGCAGCCUCUGCCUCCAACUAGAUCACAAAGGCUGUCCCUUCACUUCUCCUGAGGAGCAGAGGACGCUGAAAGAGUGCGAACUCAGGGACAAGAUGAGUUUGCUGGAGGGGAAGAUCGAGAAAAGUGAGACUGUUAUGUUUCAAAUGAACGACGCCCAGAGCAAACUGAAGGCCGCAGCAGCCAAAAGAAAGGCAACUUUGGCCGCUGUGUAUAAGCAGGUGCGUGAUAUUUUGGCCCAAGAGGAACGCAAGGCCCAAAAUGAGGUGGACCACGAGCUGGAGAUCGGUCAGACAAAACUUCGGGACCUCGAAAUGAAGUUAACUGACAAUUCUGCAAAGAUGAGAAAAGCCAAAGAGGAUAUCAACGGUCUGCUGAGUAGCUCCCAAACCCUGGCCUUUCUGAAGACUUCUUUUAACUUGCCUAAGGUUACAAAGUUUGAGCCCGACAUGCCCCAAAUCAACCUUGACUCCAAGAAGGUGACAGCAACACUGGCCUUUGCUGGUGCACUGAAAGUGCAUCUGACAGAAAUCCUUGAACAGCCCGUUGAGACCAGACUGCCAAUAACUAAACCAGGUGAAAAAUCCGCUCCCGUCUCAACACCUGCAAGUACUGGAAAUACUAGAUCUAAAUCAACAGGGCCUCCCAGGUCCCGCCGCCCAGCUUCCCCGCCCAUUCAGCCCCUCUUCCAGCCAUUUCCUGUAUCGUAUUUUAACAAUAUGGGCCCACAUUCCGGCUGGCAUAUAUCCAACCAGUACGCACACGGCAUGUCACCAGGCUAUAACAGGGGUCUUUCAGCUUUCACUGGACAAGAGACAAAAAAAGCCACAACACCCAAAUCCACUAAAGACAUGAUGGGAAAAAUGAAUCUAGGCCGUUCGAUGGAAAACCUGCUGGCAGCAGUUCAACUCAGUCAGAAACCAGAACAAGAUAAAAAGUGACCCAGUGUUCCAGAUGGAAACAAGCCAAGGAAAGAUGAUCCCAAAAAGCUAUCCUCCUUCAGAGAAAUCAACGAGAGAACAUUCAUGGCUUCGGAAAAAUAACUAGAUGAAGCAACAGAUAUUUGCUUCUGCAGUCAUGAUACCAAAGUCCUGCAGUCACUCACUACAUCAGAAAAUGUUGUGAUUAUCAGUGAGUCACAACAGGGAAUGGCACUGACCUGUUGCUUAAAUAAACAGUGUACACACACACAUGCACAGGCCCAGCCUUUGGCGCUAUUAGCUUUACUUUAAAUAAUAAAUGUGUAUGAUUGUGGCAUGAGGAUAUGAUGACGUAUUUAAUUGUAAAUGAUUUAUAUGGUGUGGUAAGGAAAUGAACACAACAUACACCAAUAUAAUGUGAUGGUUUAAAAUUUUAUAUAAUUAGAACACACGUGGAUUAUGAAAACAUUUCACUUCAAACUUAAGAUCGCUAGUGUACAUUCAGUUCAAUCAAAAUCAUUUGUUGUCGGCUGUGGGUGCAAUUUCUCUGUACAACCAUUUCUGUAAACAUCUCUGAUUUUCACGAGGGUUUAGCAAUAAAAGCUUAUUUUCUUCUAGA